AUGGAUAAAACAACCAAGUCGAUAUCCUCGUCUUGCAACAACGACGAUGGAGUAGUACCAGAAGAAACAGGGAUGGACAAAGUAUUGUCUGAUCUACAUGCGCUCAAGAAGCUAUACAGGCUGCUUCAAAGGUUAGAUGAGACGUCCAAGGCCCUUAUGAACAAGUUGCUUGAUGAUGCUCUCCUGAGGCAGGCAAAGGCUCUUACUACCGCUUCUGAUUCGGUGAUUACGUUUUCUCUUGGUUUGACGUCUCCAAAGAAAACAGAUCAAGCAAGUUCAUCAUUUCUUAACAACAAAGGAGCAGAGAUGGAACAAAUUUUGUCUGAUCUGGAGGCGCUUACGAGCCUAUACAGGCUGCUUCACAAGGGUCCGGCUCCGGCAGAUGAAAAUUUAGAUGAGGCAUCCAGGGCUCUUCUGAUGAAGAUACUAGAAGAUGCUACCCAGGAGGCUGUCCGGAGGCAGGCAAAGAUGCUAUCAGGCUCUCUAGUGUCCCCUGCGCUAGAGAGAGAGAGAGAGAGAGAGUUGUCCACGCAAUCAGACUGCCGGACACGGCAUGCCGAUCCGCGCCCGAGGCCAGUGGCCUCACCCAGACCAAGCCUCCUGGCCAGUGAGCCAUCGCGCCGGCUAAACCUGCAACAUUCUACAGUAUCACGCCGAUCCGGCCUGCACGUCGACGCCCAUCACCAUGCACCGGAAGAGCCUCUCCUUGCUCGCCUCGCUACCAACCGCUCGUCGAGAACCGCCUUGCCGGCACGACACCGUCCAAGCCAAGAGCAGUUGCACUCCAGCCUCAGCCUCCACCGUUUCCCUGUAGCUGGAACGUCGAGACAUGGCACGGUGGCCGGAGGUAGUACUCGGCUUGCCGAUCGCCGCCGGGACAGCAUCCGUCGCAGCUCCGUCCGUGGUGACCGGUGUUCGCUGGAACGCAGCAGCAGCAGCAGCAGCUGGCGUUCCGUGUCUCUGGGGCCGUCGUCAAGGCUGCAUGGCCGUGCUACCCCGCGGCACGUGGGAGCGGAGAGCUCCUCCUCGGUGCGUCUCUUCGAGAGGUUGGACUCUGGGUUGUCCCUGAGCAUGACGUCGCGUCCUGGCGUGGAGCGUGGACCAAGCAGCACUCUUCUCACGGAGCGCUCCCUACGACGCCGAUUUGCAGUAGAAGGGAAGACAUCGCGCGGGAGGCAACAAGGCAGCGACGUUUCCAGCGCGGACAUGUACAGCAGCAGCAUGUCCAGCGGCAGCAGAAGCUCAUCGGGCGCCGCCAGCCUGUCUGCCUCCACGAGCUUGACGGCGUCUCCAGCGCCGCGUGCUUUUGCUAGUCCCUACUACUACUCGCCGCCGGUGACGGCGCCACGGGGCAUUGCGCCGCCGGUGUGCGCACCUCAGGUGUCGCGCUCAAUGAGGAGGCGACGUCGCCAGGAAAUCCUCGAGAAGCGGGUGGCGCGGCUGCGGAUGCUCAAGGACAAAAUCGCCACGGUCUUCCAUCACCGCCACGACCAUCACCACCACCACCACCACCUCGGGGGCGGCCAGGAGGCCGGCCCCUCGUCCAGGAGCGUCGUCCGCGGCGCGGGCCACCUCAACUCGCCGUGGCAGUACCUUACGAGCAUGUUCCACCGCGCGAAAGGGAAAGACAAGAACACUAGGGGCCGGACGGUGGUAGGCGUGCCGGAGAAGAGGCGCGGCGGUGGCGGGAACAUGCACGCGCUAUUCGAUGCGGUGCGGCGGCAGUUGAAGGGCAAGCGGAGGGCACCGGCAGGCAUAAAAUAUAUGUAG